GUGAAAGCAAAAGUCAGGCCGAUCUGUAAAGUAUCUCAUGCUGACUCGAUUGAAUUCUCAAGCGUGUUUUGUGUUUGUUUAAUCAUUCUUAAUGAAGUAGCUUUUGUUCUACAUAGACAGUAUAGUUAAUUUUUUACCAUACAAAGCGUCUUUUCUCGGUUUUAUAUUUGAAGUCUUUUCAAAAUGAGCGAAAUUUAUUCAUUCACACGAAUUGAGUUUUGAUAAUCAGACCCUAAACGCUUCCCAUUCUAGCUAAUUUGUAUUUUUGCUUAUUUUUAAUUUGAAAAAUGGCUGCGCUGUCCCGCAAAUCCACCAAGUCCUCCAUAACCUCAAUGGGGUCUGAAGAAGACAGCCAGAAACUGAUCUCGACUUUGAGUGCCAGCCAAAUUGCAGAGUUCAAAGAAGCAUUUGACCUGUUCGAUGUAAAUGGACAGGGUUCAAUUGGGUUCAGUGAACUGCAGACAUGUCUGACCAAGAUGGGGUUCGCGCCAGAUCCGACCGAGAUUCGAAAUAUGAUCGACGAAGUGGAUGAGUCAGGCAGGGGUGAGUUAGACUUCAACGCGUUCUGUGAGUUAAUGGCGAGGAGGAUGCAGGACGAUGAUGAUGAAGAUGAAGUCAUUGCCAAACAGUUCCGCAUAUUCGACCGGGACCAGGACGGAUUCGUAGGACCCGUAGAGAUGUUCGUGGUGUUCCAAGAACUGGGUGCUCCUUUGACCUUUGACGAGGUCGAAGAGAUCAUCAGUCGGGCAGACGUAGACAACGACGGGAAACUGGGCUACGAGGAUUUUGAAAAGGUCAUGAAAGGACUCACGGUCAACGGGCUGCUCAAAGGUCAAGGUCAAUGAAAAGCAUGGUCAACGUUCACUCUUUCGAACUGCCGGAUUAACAUGAACGAAAAAAAAUUGCACCAUGAUUUUUUAUUCUUCUUAAUUUUGUGACGUAGUUUUUGACGUUACAUGCUUAUAUGCUACUAAACAAUAACUUUUAGGCUUUUG